GCAUGUUUAUUUUGUAGCCUGCCAAUUAUUUGCAAAGGCUAUUAUGUCACCCAGUCUUCAGUUAGCACUUUCCAACUACACAGUCACAUCCGCUGCAAAUACUAAUCAUUUUUCUCCCGCUUCACGUAUAUAUUAUAUAUACACAUAUACACACACACGUAUAAUAUAUUUAUUUUUAACAAAGGCACAACUUCAGUAUUUUUACGCCUUAUUUCCUUCCCUUGUCUAACUGCAUGGACCAGACGUCCCAAACCCGCCCUUCCCUUGCCCUAACUUUAACGGAAGCGCUUGGCUUGCUAUAGCUUACUGCAGGAGGAGGCUUUGAGACGGUUUGGUUGUCGUUGUUGUUUAGGGGAUUUUUUUUUUUUUUAACUGUAAAGGGAAUCUCUGAAAAAAAAAAAUGCAUUUACAGAGCGUAUUAGAAGAGCCCAAUUGGUCUGCGCGCCCGCAAGGAGCUCUCGGGCCCCCGCCCCGCGCUGCCAACGCUCUGCCCCGGGGGCUGAAGUUUCUCUCUGCGUUUCCGCUUGAACAGCGUCCAGCUGCCUCGCCUUUAAAAUGCCAGGGCGGCCGCGGCUCCGCUCAGAGCCCCCCUCGGCUGCCGUCCCGGGCUCGCCCGCGCCGCCGGGGCGCUGACUCAGCCGCAGCCCGGCCGCUCCCGCGGAGCCUCGGCAGCGCCCCUCGCGCCCCGCGCGCCCGCGCCCCGGAGACGGGAACGCCGCAGCCAGCGAUCCGCGGUCGCCCUGGGCUCGGCGCCGGCCCAGCCAGGACCCCGGGAGCGCCCCGGACGGGCCUCGCCAGUCACACUCCAGCGCCCCCGCCAGCCAGCACAAAGCCUGCUCUCAGUGAAAGGCCACUGCUGUCCUUGGGCGACCCCCACGAUGCCUGACUGCUCCCCGUGCCUCCUGGAACAGCCAGGGUCCUUAUAAAGUGGUGACCACUCCAGUCAGCAGGGGUGGAAAAUGGUACCAGUCAAGCCCGAGGUAGAGGAGGAGCAGCCCGAAGUCGCUGCCUCGAGAUGGAGGAGCCCACGCCCGAGCCCGUCUAUGUCGACGUGGACAAAGGGCUGACCUUGGCCUGCUUCGUCUUCCUCUGCCUCUUCCUUGUGGUGAUGAUCAUCCGCUGUGCCAAGGUCAUCAUGGACCCUUACAGUGCCAUCCCCACAUCCACCUGGGAGGAGCAACACCUGGACGACUGAGGCUAGGUGGCGACUGGACCUGGCGCUCUCUGGGUGGCAGUGCCCCAGGGUGCACCUCUGUGUUCCCUGCCAGCCUGCCAUCCCACAGAGGAAGGAAUGAAUCUGACCACCCAGGGCAGGAGAAGGUGCAGCUUAGUUAGCCUUGCUGGCCCUCCCUGGAGCACCAGCGUGGAAUGCCCGGGUACCACGGGGGUUGCAACCAUGGAGCAGCCAGGGGAUAAGAGCCCUGGACCAGGGCCCGGGAGGCUGGGGUUCCAGUGAGGGGAGUCACUGUGAGAUGAUGGGGUAGUCACCGGCCCAGGCUCCUGGGCACCUUUGGGAACUGGAUCCAGAACAGACGCCCCACCCCCCAGCCCAUCACACAACAGUGGUCUCAUCUUGAGGAGACUCUCUGUCCUUAAAAUGCAAAGUAGCACGUGGAGGCUCCCAGCCAAGAGGUCCCACGUGAACCCCAGCCCCUCCCCAUGGACUAGCAAUGGAGUGGCAGUGAGGGGAAAAGCAGGUUGAGGGAGUCUCACCUGAAAACUCACAAAAGGCACAGGAUAUGGGCUGCUUCCAAGCAGUAUUUUUUAAACUAUAGAGGGAUAUAUUUUUCCUGUUAUAAAUAAAAUGCACAUUUUAGAAACUUGGAAAAAUGCAGAUAAAUAGGAAGAAAGAGGGGAAAUAACACUUAUAAUUCCACCUCCCAGAAACCACCAUUUUGAUAUAGUUUCUUCCAGCCUUUCUACUUGUAUUUUUUAGUCAAAUUCAUACUCUAUGCAUGACGUUGUGCCGCCUCAUAUGAUAGCAUGAAUACUUUCCCAUUACAUCAAAUGCUUUUCUUAGCUGCAAGUUUUCGUGACUGAAGGGUAGUCCAUCAGUUGGGUAAAUCAUGGUUAAAUAAUCAUCUCCUUUGGUUGGACAUUGAAUUUUUUUCGCUAAUUUUUCUUCGCACAAAAUUACCGCACCCAGUAAACUUUUUGAGGGUGCACAGUCCAUGAGAUGGAUAUUGAAUGGGGAGACCUGGGUUCUAGUCCUGUAUUUUCCAGUCAGGUUACUAUGUGACCUUGAGCAAGUCACUUCACCUCUCAGUGCCUCAGUUUCCUCACUGUAAGAUAGGAAAAGCCUUGUCAUCUUUAAAGUUUUAUUUUUUGCCUAUACCUCAUGUGAACAAAAGGACAGAAAUGAGAGUGAAUGUGCUAUAAAUGUGCCAUAGUGGGGGUCGGGGGACAAGGAAGAAGUUGAUGACGAUGACUCUUCUCAAGCCUUCCCUCCUCCCACCUCUUUCUGCCCUCUCCCCCACUCCCAGUCCAUCACCUACAUCUGUGACCUUGCAGCAAGAUUAUUGGAGCGGAGCCUACAAAGCUGGUCCCAAGUCCCAAUUCCUCUACUUCCUUGUUAUAGGACCCCAAAUAACUCACUCAGCGUCUCUGAGCCCCAAUUUCCUCAUCUAUAAAGUGAGGGAAUAACAUCUACCUCACAAGGUUGUUGUGAGGAUGAAAUGAGAGAACAUAGGCAAACGUGAGUGUUCUUGAAUUCACCACCCCAGGAGAAGCCAGGGUUCUGAGCUGGGAGGAGCAGAGAUUCCGGAUGCCCCCAGCCCCUACAAAGCCUGGAACUCUCAGCUUUCCUUAGCUUCUGAGGGAUGCUUCCUACAGGCCAAAUCUCCCAGCCAGAAUCACGUGGUCGGAGGAAUACUCACAGCAGCCUUCCCCAGCACCUGACUUUAAGGGAUAUGUCUACUAAUUUACGUAAUUGUCAUUGUCAUCAGUUUUCCCAUAACAUGAUUUGAAGUUAAACUGGAGCACCUGUGCUCCCGUUCCUCUGAGUGCAUUUAUUUUAUCCCUCCAAGGUGUGGCCUUCCGUCCCCAUCCAAGAGACCUGCAGCUGUGAAGAAGCUCAAGCCAUCUUUCCCAUCAUCUGCAUCCCAGCCAUUAGUCCCCAGCUCAGCCCAGGCUACCUGGAAAACAGGUUUCCAAAGCACUGUCACUACUAGGUGACCCCUGAAUGUGGACAGGGCCACAGCUGUUCAGGCCACAUUUCAGGGGAUAUCCAGUUGUCAUCCCUCUCCUACUCCCCACCCCCACUAUUGUGAGAUGCACAAAGGGACAGCUGGCAAAGGUAGUGAACCGAGAUGCAGGCCCCGUAGAAGGGGAGGAUCUAAAGCAAAACUCUUGUGCAUUGAUUGCCUGGGGUUCAGCCGCAGCAGCCCUCACUCUGAAGCCUGCCUUUGAGGUGCCAGGCACUUCUGUGAAAAGCUCAUCGGCAUGCAUUUACAACGCAAACUAGAACCAACUCCCAGUCAGCUAAUAACAGACCUCAGGAAAAAGAAAAGGUCUUGCAGACCUCCCCUGGUCACACUUUAGAACCCUCAGCGGUGAAAAAGAGGCUGUUCCAGGGCAGUGCUACUCAAACCGUGGUUGAAGGACAAACAGCCUCUGCAAUACUUGAGGAGCUUGUUAAAAGUCCAAACUCACGGCCCCCUCCAGGCCUACGUACGGAAUGUACAUUAACAAGAUUCCCUCGGUGGUUUAUAUGCACAUUAAAGAUUAAUAAGCACUGCCUGAGAAUUCCUUGCUCCUAAUUCUUUUCCACACUCAGAUUUGCUAAUAGUUUUCACCUUGUCUCUUGAUUCAUUUGAUGGCAACAGAAAUAGUAACAUUUCAGGAAAGGUGGGAAAUAUAAAAAGCACUCCCAACCCAAGCCUCCAAAAAACAGCAAUUUUCAUUUUGUGUCCAUAUAUUCCCUUCUAAUCAGUCCUCAUGCAAGAUUUUUUUUCAUAAAGGGCAUCUGUUAUAUAA